AAAUAAUAAAAUGUCCCAUAGAUCAGAUAUGAGAAGGCAAAUGGAGGAACAGCGUGAAGAAAUGAAGAAACAGAGAGAAGAGACCCAGCGCAGAAUGAAAGAGCAACGUGAAGAAAUGAAAAGACAGCGGGAAGAUGCCCAAAGAGACAGGGAAGAGCAGAGAAGGCAACGUGAUGAGGAAAGGAGGCAGAGAGAUGAAGAGAGAAGGCAAAGGGAUGAAGAAAGAAGACAGAAGAGACAGCCAGGAUUUGGAGCUAGUGAUGAUAAUAAAGAUGAUUUUGGAGCUAGUACUAGUAUCCAUAUGAAUAUGGGAGGAUUUCCUGGAGGAAUGCACAGCGAUAUCCAUGAUAUGAAUGCAGGAUUUCAAGAUGACUUCAAUAAUAUGAAGGCUGAUCUACAUGGAGCUAUGGCAGAUCUCGGAAAUGCUUUUGGACCUGGAUCCUCAUUUCCAGGUAUGCCAGGCAUGCCUGGUAUGAAAACCACUACAACAGAGACUACGACUACUACCACUACCGGCACAGGUACAACAGUACCUCCGCCAGCUCCUACAACCGCGACUCCAACCAAUAUCCCUGCUCCAACUCCAGCACCCACAACUGCUAUUCCAACACAUAUCCCAGCACCAGCUCCUGCCCCAGUAUCUGCUCCAGCGCCUACUCCAGCCCCAUCAAGCACUGCUCCAAAUGCGCCACCACCACCAGCCCAUUCCUUCACAGAGCUACACGCUAGCACUGAACAGAGAAUCAAUGUCCUCGAACAAAGAUUCACAUACAGAUCUGAGAAGUUGCCUACCUAUCUCAGCUGCAUUGAAUUCCUCCAAAGCAAAGGCGAAAAUGUAACCAAAAUGAGAGAGGAAGCAUCCCUUGCAGAAAUGACUUAUGACCAGAUCCAUUACGGUACUGAGGUCUUCAACCGUAUCAAGAAAGCACUCGAUAAAGGCGAUUAUGCAGAAGUCACUGCAUCUUUGCAUGAGCUAGAUUCGCACGAAAGGAUCUAUAACCAAAAAGAUCAGAACUUCAUUCAACUCGAAACUCUCAUGCAAGGAUUCCUAAGAUACCAAGAGAUCGCAGCCCAUUUCAUCAAUCCAGCUCCUUCCUCUAACCCCAUUCCUUCGCCCCAAUUCGUGGGAACUACAAUCCCAGUCAGCUCGGCUGCUCCAGUCCAAACCGCUGUUCCCACACAGAUCCCUGCUCAGACCUCUUCGAGCUAUAUAGCUACAAGUCAUUCUUCAGCCACAAGUAGCCAGGCUCCCACUCAGUACGCUCCAAGUGGGCAGGCACCUGCUCAUUUGGAGCCAAGAGUCGGCCAGUUAGAACUCAACCUCUCCUCAUUCCAACAAGAUCUAUCCACCUUCAAGUCCCAGCAAACCUCUCUGAACAACUACUUCUCCCAAGCUCUCACCCAGCUCCAAGCCCAGCGCCAAGGCCAGUACUCACAACAAGUGCAGUACACUACAAGUAGCCAUCAGAUGUAAGCCUCCUGCGCAGUUGGAUGGACCAAUAGUGAUGGAUGAGAUGAGUUGGGAUAAAUGACUAAUUUCUUCAAAAAUCUAAG